ACAUAAUUACCAUUAGAAAUGCCUUGUGACGGAAAAAAUCCUAAUUGUGAUAGAAGACGAGAAUUAUUAGCGCAAUUAAAAUGUUUGAUUAGUUCUAUGGAAAGAAAGUAAGAAAAUGUUGAAACUAAAUUACGAACAUGAAUAAAAUUAUAAUUUGUUCAUUAUAGAAAAGCAUGUGAAUGGGAUGAGCCACCUUGUCCUCCUCCUGUUAUUUGUUCUUCACCUUGUGCACCUAUUUCUGAUUGUAUUCCAGUUAAACAGUGUAAAAGUUUUGAUUUUCGAGCAGGUAUUAUAUAUAGAUGUGAAUGUAUCAAAAGGAAUGGUUUACAAGAUAGAUGUAUGGUGUGGGAUUGUAUGGGUAGACCAGAAUGUAUGACAAAGUUAUAUCCCGUUUGUAUGCCAGGGCGCAACGCGUUGUUGAAAUUAACAGAAUUGGGAGAUAUGGAAGUUGCACUAAGGAAAUUUUAUUGUGCUGAUCAAGCAAGGGAAGCUGCUUUGGCUGCAUAUUGUAGAUUGGUAUGCUGCAAUGGUGCAGAAAAAUCUUGCUGUACAAAUGUAAAGGCAAUAUGUUCAAGCAAUACGAAGUGUAAGCCUGUAUGUAUCGAACUACCACCCUGUCAACCCUGUCAACCAUGCAGUAUUGCUCCUUGUGUACCACCUUGUACUUCUUUCAACAUUUGUGUACCAUGCCCACCACCAUGCCCACCAUCAUGCCCACCACUAUGUUUACCACCAUGCCCACCACCAUGCCCGCCACCAUGCCCGCCACCAUGCCCGCCACCAUGCCCGCCACCAUGCCCGCCACUAUGCCCACCACCAUGCCCACCACCAUGCCCACCACCAUGCCCACCACCAUGCCCACCACCAUGCCCACCACCAUGCCUACAACCAUGUCCACCACCAUGUCCACCACCAUGUACACCAUGCUGCCCCCCACAGUGUCCACCAUGUCCAUCAUUGUGUCCGCCAUGUCCGCCGUGUCCGCCAUGUCCACCAUGUCCAUCAUGUCCGCCAUGUCCGCCACUGUGUUCGCCUUGCCCCCCGUGUCCACCAUGUCCGCCAUGUCCGCCACUGUGUUCGCCUUGCCCCCCGUGUCCACCAUGUCAACCAUGUCCAUUACCAUGCUCACCGCGUGUAUCACUAUGUUUACCGUCAUGUCCUCCACCAUGUCCAUCACCAUGUCCUCCGCCAUGUUCACCAUGCUGUUCCUCACCUUGUCCAUCAAUGUGUCUAUCAAUGUGUCCAUCACCAUGUCUACCGCUGUGUCCAUUACCAUGUUAACCAAAAUAUUUAUCAGUAUGUAUCCAUUAUUAUAUUCUAUUUCUUAUGUGCCAAAUAUACAUUUUCCUUUCAUCAUUCUGUUAUGAGUCUAUUUUACUAUGUAUAGUUUAUAUAUUUCUGUGGAAUAUCAGUUAUCACAAAUGUAUCUAAAAAUUUUAUACGUGUUCUCCAAUAUUUGCAUACUUUUUAUGCAUAUAAAUAAUGUAUGUUGUAAAAGCAUCAAUAAAUAUAGUAAUAAAUAUAUUUAAAUAAUAAAUGGGUUAUUUUACUCA